CUUCCCUUCUCUUCUCCCCUGACCUCCCCCUCUUAUAAUCGCCACCUCCGCGGCACCACCCCCUCCAACCCAAACCACUACGAGUUCAACGCACCCCGCGCCCCCGGCAACCGCAGCACCCAACGCCGCCUUCGACUUCGCGUCUUCGCGAGGGCGGUUUCCGCGUCCGCGCUUGCUCGGGGACUAGCCGAGUCGUCGUCGUCGGGAGGCGAUGGAUCGGUACCAGAGGGUGGAGAAGCCGCGGGAGGAGUCCUCGGCCAUCGGCGCCAACGAGAUCCGCAUCACGGCGCAGGGCCGGCCCCGCAACUACAUCACCUACGCGCUCGCGCUGCUCCAGGACAACGCAACAGAUGAAAUUGUCAUCAAGGCUAUGGGAAGGGCGAUCAACAAGACAGUCGUCAUUGUGGAGCUUCUAAAGAGGAGGGUUGCUGGUCUCCAUCAGAAUACCUCUAUUGAGUCCAUUGACAUAACUGACACUUGGGAGCCAUUGGAAGAAGGCCUUGUCACUCUUGAGACCACUCGCCAUGUGUCCUUGAUUACCAUUAAAUUGUCAAAGAAGGAGCUGGAUACAUCAUCUCCUGGUUACCAGCCACCGAUACCAGCUGAUCAGGUCAGGUCAGCCGCUGAGUUCGAUCAGGAUGCAGAGGCCAUUCCAAGUGGUCGUGGAAGGGGACGUGGUCGUCGGGGAAGGGGCAGAGGAAGAGGGUUCAGCAAUGGAGGAGUAGACUAUGAUGAUGAAUUUGGUGAACCAGAGGAGGCUCCACGUGGAUAUCGUGGCAGAGGAGGGAGGGGUCGGGGAAGGCGUGGAUCUUUUGGGCCAGGAAGGGGUUAUGGUGGUGAUGGUUAUCCCAUGGAAGAAGCUGGUGGAUAUGAUGAUGGAUAUAAUGCACCACCUAUGCAAGGAUAUGAAGGUGGCAGAGGCAGGGGUCGUGGACGUGGUCGUGGGCGUGGAGGCCGAGGCCGAGGUCGGGGACCUCCUCCACAAGAGUAGAUUGGCUGGCACAUCUACUCUGGAAGUCUGGAUGCCAUAACCUCCAUCUGUCAAAGAUUCUAUCAUCCAUUGUAACUUUUAUCUGGUUAGGUUUGUGUUUAAAGUUGACAUAGUGACUCCAGCGUGGGGAUGAGGCUAGUUAUGAUUUUGUAGCUAGGUUAUUCGUCCAUUUGCUUUUUUAUCUCAGACAAGUGCCGUUCCAAUUGUCCAUUGUAGCCUCCUUAAAUGUGUUAUCAUGAAAGCUAGCUCAGAAGAUUCUUUUACGUGGUUGCAAAUCACAAAUUGAAAACGUCAUUGUUGAAACCUUUC